AUGAAGAAAUUUAUGACCACAAAAACGCCGGUGGCCACCAAAACACCGGUGGCACCAUCACCCACGCCAUCCUCCCUGUUCUCCUUCGAGGCCAUGCUCCGGAAGGCCAAUCGAACCGAACCGAACCCCGGAACGGACACUCCGGAACGGGUGGAACCACCCGAAGGGGUUGCAUUACCACCCCCAACACCCACGGUGAUCCUUGCGGUGGCGACAACCGAACGUGUCCUGCAAAAUCCGGUUCCCGGGGUGAUGAAUAUCGAGUCCGGUUCGCUUAAGGACACGAAGGAUGCGAAAGGAUGCUCGCUGGGACGAACGCCAACGGGAACACCGUCAUCUUCCCCCGUGAAGAUGUGCGGAUACCUGAAAAAGAAGCGCAACAAAAUGGGCGGCUGGCGGAAGCUGUUCUUCAUCCUCCAGAACCAGCUGCUGCUGUCGUACUCGUCCCGGGAGGACUACGAGAAGAAGCUCGCCCCGUUUAAGGACAUCAUCAACCUGGUGCCGGGCACAAUCAUCAUCCCGACGACUGGACCUCGCUUUACGAUCGAAACCAACUCGAAAGUGAUGUACACCUUCCGCUGUGACGAUCAUAGGAGCUGUUCGGAGUGGAUCAUGGCGUUGUUGGACAGCCUAAACGUGGUCAACGGUGGACACGGUCCGGACCGGAACUUCAGCUUACAUAACACGUUCCACCACCGGUCCACGCUGCCACUGUCGUUGCCUUCCCGGGGUAAACUUUUCACCGGUGCCAUUAGCUUGCCCCGUGGGGCAGAUCCGGCCAAGGGUGGCAUUCCAGAUCAACGGUUGGGUCCACCAAAGCCGCCCCGGUGUUACGAGCAGGAAGGAAUGACGAGCCGGCAGGUGGUGCAGGCUGGACGGGAUAACGCCGUAGAUGGAGAUGAUCUCAACAACAACGUGUUGGAGGCAGUGAGUGAAGCUAGUGACAAUGGGGACACGAGUGGGCCCUCGAGUGGCCCUUCAAAGCCGUGUGACAAUGAUCCGGUACCGGAACCGGGAACAAGCGAAGACAAAAGAUCUCCACCUCCAGAGACGGUGCUGGAUGGUGAGCAAGGGCGCGAGGACGGGACGGACGAACCCCGGCAGCACUUCUUCCGGUUGCAUCAGGACGCCCAGCGAAGGGCACACCAGUCGAUGGACGUGUGUCGCAUUAACAGCAUGUUUAGUGAGCGAAAACCAUCGUCGAAGGUGAAUCUGGCACCGGAACGGGUUGACAAUCCGUUGGUAAGGUACGUACGGAAAUCCGGUUGAAGCUGGAGUGGGCAUGUGGCCAUUAACAUCUGCUUUAGUUCGCAGUCGAUUGCUGGUGGAGAUGACACCACGCGGCAGACGCACGUGUACGAGGACGUUGGGACGGAUGAUGUGCAACCGGAACCGAUCUACGCUGUGGUGGAUGUGCGUGCUAAAAGAACACGCCGGCUGGCCCGGUUGGUGAACACCGAGGUGGAUGGGAGCGGUGCCGGCACACCGACGGGCAACCGGAAGGUGUCCGUUUCGUUGCCACAAAUUUCGGCCGGUUCCGAGGCGAUCGCGACGGUGAGAAGUCGCAGUAAUUACGGUGAUUACGAGGAUGUGAGCUACCUCUUUGGGGCGCACGGUGCGGAGAGUGACAGUGUGGGUACGGACGGGUCGCAAGAACCGUUGGCCACACCACCGGAACCGGUGUACGAUGGAGACGAGCACAUCUACGAGCCGAUAUUGGUCCAAGACCGGCUGUUGGCCACACCGACGGGUUCGUCUUCGUCCUUACCGGCUCCUACCGAGCAUGGGGGUGUUAGUGGCAAUCUUUGGCGGCACCUGAAACGGAUGCAAUUGCAAGGCUCUCGAAGGCGAUCUAUGAACCGUCCGAGUGGGUCGGUACAAACCGGUGAAAGCCGCUCAGCAGCUGUGGCCGCUCUGGAGGGUUUAGGUCGUCGACUCGACAGCCAUCGACGGUCGAUCAAGAAACGCAUCAAACACCUGUGUGAUCGAAUCGAUCCGGCAGCAUCUUCAAACCGAACUCGGGUCGAGGGUGAGGUGGAACCAUCGGAAGACACCGGGGAGGCUCCAAGUCAACGGCUUGGGGCCAACGAACCGGUUAGCUCGCGUAAAUCGCUCUCACUGGAUAGCUUUUUGCUCGCGAAGGGACAAACUUCUGUCCCGCGAUGCUGA